CAUUCAGGAUCUGAACGGCCCUUUCUUCUCUCUCUAUCUCAUCCUUCUCUGUUUUUGUACAUACACUAACCAACCAACCUGUAUAAUCGUUCUUUCAUUAUUCCGAUCGAUCGUAGAUCUAACCGUAUCAGAUCUCGAAUAUAAACCCUACCUAGAUCUAUUUCAUCGUCUUCCUUGUCUAGAUCUGGCUAUAAGAACACCAAUCAUGGUCGUUAAUGGACGUUCAAUGAAGCGGAUGAAGAGGAGAGUCACCGCAGAUCUCAGUAACUUCCAUACUUUUCCUUCAACCGGUGACGCCUCUGUUGGACCGUUCAGAAAUAGCGUUAGGGCUUUCCUUUCCAGUCACGCAACCCUUCCUCCGCCGGCUUCCUUGUUUCCGGAUCUUCUCCCAUGGCAGAUCCUUCUUCGCGUCGGCGAUUUAUCGUCGGAAGGUGUUGAUUCGCCGCCGGCGAUUAUCUGUCUUGACGUUGUUGAGGAGGACGUUGCCGGAUCUGUAUCCGUCUAUUGCGAUCAGUGCCGAGUCGUCGGAUGGAGUGGAAACCCAGUUUGUGGGAAGCGUUACCAUUUCAUAAUCAAGGCGGAUGGUGGCUCUAUUGGUCGAUACCACAAGUCUUGCCCUGGCUGCGGAGAUAUCCUCCAUCUCUCAGAAUCUAGAUGCAAGUCAUGCAACUAUGUCAUGACCACAGAAGAUGUUGAAGACUGGAUUUAUCAGCAGUUAGAUGACACCACACAUCUCCUCCAUGGGGUGGUUCAUGCAAACGGAUAUGGCCAUCUUCUUAGAGUCAAUGGAAGAGAAGCUGGUUCAAGGGUUCUUUCCGGAACUCACAUCCUGGAUUUUUGGGACCGUCUAUGCAAAGUACUUUGCGUCAGAAAGGUUAGUGUGAUGGAUGUCUCAAAGAAAUAUGGAUUAGAGUACCGAUUACUCCAUGCAAUCAUGAAGGGUCAUCCGUGGUAUGGUGACUGGGGUUAUGAAUUUGGAUCUGGAAGUUUUGGGCUCACCUUAGACGCAUAUAAAAUUGCUGUUGAGACCCUUUCAGGACAACACCUUUCCAGCUUUUUCUCUCAUGCACGGAAGCCUCGCACCCGCCUGCAGGAUCUGAUAUCUUUUUAUCAAUCAUUGUCUGAGCGGGAGCUUGUAAAUGUCCGGGACCUAUUUGUUUUCUUGAUUGGUUUAAUCCGUCUGGCUCGCAAGAACCCUGCAAGGACUGAAGAUGGCUCAUACAAGAAGAUCAAGCUUAGUGGCUCGAGUAACCUAAUUACAUGGAGCAUCAAUGACAUCAAGCGGGUGGAAGAAGCUAUGUUCAAAGUACUGCGGGCUGUUUCUGGUUCCAAUUGGGUUUCUUAUCGCGCCCUUAGGGGAGCUGUUUGCAAAGUUGGUCCUCCAGAACUCCUAGAUUUUUGCCUUAAGGAUUUGAAAGGGAAGCAGACCCCUGAUGGAUUGGUUGUUCAUGCUCGUUGCAGUCAUGGAUCUGCUACUAUCGAGUUCAGACUUGAGCCUGGAUGCAGUCCUUCGAAAGAGGAAUUAAUGGAGCCAAGUUCAACCAUCAUCACAACAAACCAGCAUCCUUCCAUUGACCAUCUUUUACGUGACCUAAGAUACCUCUACGAAUCCAUUCUCCAUCCAUAUAGCAUGAUCUUUUACAGCGGGUCAUCUACAGAAGUUACCGCCAGUAAAGCAGCCGCCACAACAAUCCUGGACUGCAAGCAGUUUGUGAAAACAUACAAUCCAUACAUCAAGUUAAGAUUAGAGAACCCCUCUUCCAUAUUCUUAGAAUGCUCGGUGGAGCUUAUGGAACAGUUUGAAGAAGAAGAAAAAGUAAACAUUCCAACCGAAUUACUGGUCCUUCCAGCUAAUGCUACCGUCCUUGACCUCAAGGUUGAAGCGUCUAAAACAUUUCACGAAAUAUACUUGAUGUUCAGGAGAUUCCAUGCGGAAGAGGUGUUGGGUUUUGGGGAUGAUGUCACAGAAUCAACACAAAUAAAAGCUGUUUUGGGAUCUUGUUGUUCAAACGGUAAUGGUAUCGAGUCUGUUCGAGUUAGGGGAAAAUGUGUUGGUAAAAGUGGUGUGAAUGGAAUUAGGACGGAGAGGGGAGAAGAGAGGUGGACCGUUGAUUGCGGUUGUGGGGCGAAAGAUGACGACGGGGAGAGAAUGUUGGCUUGUGAUAAAUGUGGGGUGUGGCAGCAUACUAGGUGUGCCGGUAUCCCAGAUUUCGAGUCUGAACCGGUUAGUUUUGUCUGUUACAAGUGCCGGAAUGGCCGUCCAACUGAACUGACUAGGUUUAACGUUGUUAUGUAAAUGUUUUUGUUUUUAUUGUUUUUGGUUUUUCUAGAUGAAAAAAAGUAGUCUAGUGUACAUAUUUUUGUCUUUUAUUUUAACUGGGGCGGCAGCCAGCCCUUGAGCUUGGCUAGAGUCAACUUUCCUAUGAAGCA